AUGGCUGCUGCGCAGGACCUGCUCAGCAGGCAUGCAGCGCCCGCCGGCCCUGCCUCUGCGGUGCACGACAGCGGAUCGGUGACGGGAUCAGGUGAUGCUGUAUUCUCAAAGCUCCAGUCCCGCAGCAAGUGGCGCACUCAGGGUGCGCAUCCACAGCUGGGCGAGAUGGUCGUCGUCAAGGAUGACCGCCUCCCACCAAACCGAUGGCUGCUCGGACGAGUCACAGCCGUCCACCCGGGCAGCGACGGCAUCAACCGCGUCGCUGACGUCCUCACCACUACGGGGACCCUGCGCAGGGCCUACAAUCGCCUCUGCCCACUUCCAUCGACGUUGGAUCAGGCAGCUCCUGACCCAAGGGGGGCAGCCUGUUAACGCACCUUCCAUGUGUGCGUGAGCGCCGCCGCGCACACAUCGACACGACACCCGCGGGCCGGCGGCCGGCGGCAGCCCGCCCCGCCAUCACUCACCGAUCGUACUCGACGCCGACACCACGAUAGCUCGCGCGUCCAUAGCAAUGUAUUUUUUACAAAUUAUUAAAUAGUUGUUAAAAUCCAAGUUGUCGUCUUCAUCAUUUUCCG